AUGGUGGCCUCAGUGGGCAGAGGGUAUAAUGUAGCUCUGCUGCUCAGGGGCUGGGAAGCUGAGGCACCCAGGCUUGUGACCCAGCUGCUGCAGAUGCUGUUUGAGGAGGCUCAGCUCCUCUGCCACUCCCAUUAUGGACUUAGUACCCUUAGCCUGGUGCAGAUCAGCUCCAGUGGGAGGACCCAGGAUCUGCUGUCCCCAGGGCUGGAGGACCUUACAGUAUUGGAUGUGGCCCCUCUGGGCUUGGUGGUAGAAGAUGCCACUGAAGUGGAGGUGUCUGACUCACAGGCUGCCUCUGAGUUGUACUUGCAGGCCACAGGGAGUAAAGGCAGAGACUGCCCUCUGCUGAGGGUACUGGCUGGUGAGGUUGCUGGUAAGGAGGUGGAGGGCUCUCUACCCUGGAUUAUCUCCUGGCUCCUGGAGGGAAACAAUUACAGUGCUUUGCUUCUUCACCUGAACCCUCAAGGUGGCUCCCUAAGUUUGCUCCAGUGUGCUCUGUUGGGAGCCUCGGAAAGAAGGAAACAGGUGAAACAGGUGAAGCCCACCCUGUGGGAUGCAGUAGAAGAGAGCCAGGCCCGCAGGGCCAGCCUGAAGACUCUGCGCUUAGGCCUUCUUGGGGACACCUUGACAGACAGUGCAAUUAACCAACUAGGGAGGGCACUACGGGAGCUACGGAUAGUAAAAGCCUGGAGCCAGUGUCCAAGAAGCCAGAUACCCAAAGGGGUCAGAGCUGAGUCUGUGGGACUCCCAGAACCACAGGUCAAAGGUGGGCCACCAAAGUUCUGGAAGAAGGAAAGACCUCUAUUCCAUUUGUCAGAGACAGGAAGAAUAGGAUCUCUUGGGCCUAGACUCCACCAGAAGCACCCUUUGUGGGACCUCCAGGAACAGGUACUCCAGGAUCAACUGGAAACUGUUGGACAAGUCCCAGACGUGGCUCAGCAGUUCUUUCUGACUCGAGCACAGAGGCAGAGACAACGAGAGCAACACCAAAUUUGGAUCCACAAACAGUUGAAGUGUUUGGAACAGGAGGAGGAGGUGGCAGGUGAACAGAUCAAAAGCAUGGUGACCAAAGAGGAGGCCUGUAAGGAGAGACAGAGGCUGCACAAGGAGCAGACAGUGCUGAGACUCCAGGUGGAGGCCCUGCAGGCAGAACGGGACACAGCAGAGCGGGAUCUGGUGGCUCUCUAUGACAUGCAUGUGCAGGCCACCCAAGCUCGGACAUGCCACUUACUGCAGGUAUUCCAAGCCUGGCAAGGGCAGUGGGAGAAGCAGACCAUGACUACAGAGCAACGUUACCGUAGCCUGCUGGCCAAUGUCCUGCAAGACAACAUUGAUCUGGCCUUGAAGAACCAGGAGCUCCAACUCCAGAACCAGCAGCUUCUGCAGAGUGCAGACCACACUGAGGCAGUCACGCUGGACUUUUGCCAAGGACAAAAACCUGAUCAGUAAUACUUUAUGGCCACUUUUCUUCCUCCUCAUUUUUGAAGGGCCUAGGAGGAGGAAGGUAGGACAUAACAACCAAGCUAGGCCUGAUUACAGAUAAUUAACACCACUACUAACCAUGUCUC